AUGUCUGACAAAGACAUCGUGGCCCAUGAAGAUGACGUGAUGGACGCGAAAGCCCAGGAUGAUCGGGACAUGGAACGCCUGGGCAAGGCCCAGCAGCUAAAGCGAAAUUUCCGCUUCUAUUCUAUUCUUGGGUUCACCACGACCCUCAUGGCCACAUGGGAAUCUAUUCUCCUCACAAGUACAUAUGGCCUGGUGGACGGGGGGCGAGCUGGCAUGGUUUAUGUCUAUAUCGGAUCUUACGUUGGAUUUUUUGCAUCAGUCAUCUCCAUGGCCGAGAUUUCUUCAAUUGCCCCAACCUCCGCCGGACAGUAUCACUGGGUGAGCGAAUUCGCAGCUCCACGCUGGCAGCGCUUCUUAAGUUACCUUACUGGCCUGUUGUCUGUUCUGGGAUGGCAGGCGGCUUUCGCUAGUAUUUGCUUUCUUUGCGGUACUCUGAUCCAGGGUCUUCUUGUCUUCAAUUAUUCGCGAGAUACCGGGUAUAUCUAUGUUGAUGAGCGCUGGCAUGGAACUCUCUUGACGAUUGCGAUCGCUGCCAUUGGCACAUUGGUCAACACCUAUGGUGCCGCGUUUCUAGCUCCGUUGGAGGGCAUUAUUUUAUGCUUGCAUCUUUUAGGAUUUCUUGCUGUGCUGGUUUUGUUUUGGGUGAUGAAUCCAGGUCAAGCGCCAUCGACAGAAGUUUGGACGGAGUUCACAAAUUCAGGAGGGUGGUCGAGUAUGGGCCUAGCUUGCCUGGUGGGCCAAUUGACCCCGGUUUUCUCCUGGACAGGUCCUGAUGCUGCUACUCACAUGGCCGAGGAAGUGAGAAAUGCUGCCGUCGUGGUUCCCUGGUGUAUGGUCUCCACUGCGCUGAUCAAUGGUGGCCUGGGCUUUAUCAUGCUCACUACUUUCUUAUACAAGAUGGGUGAUAUCGCUGAUGUCGUGCACCCUGCUAGUGGAUUUUCCUUUCUCCCGGCCACGCAUCAUGCGACUGGCUCUGUGGCCGCAACCAACGGUGUCGCCUCUAUCGUUCUUGUUAUGGAAAUCUUUAGUGCCAUUGGUAUCCUUACUACAGCCUCUCGACAAACAUUUGCCUUUGCACGCGACCGCGGCCUUCCGUUCUCACGUUCUUUGGCUCAUGUCGAUACUCGGAGCCAGAUUCCAGUCAUUUCAGUACUCGUUUCCACCAUCAUUACUGUUUUGCUUAGCUUAAUCAACAUUGGUUCUACAGCGGCUUUCAAUGCUAUCGCCUCUGUGAUGGUUGCCGCUCUAUUCACGACCUACAUUCUGUCUAUCGCCGCCUUCGUUCGAGCCCGAUUACAACCAACUGGGAUCCCACCAUCUCAGUUCUCCUUGGGCCGAUUGGGCCUUCCUAUUAACCUCUUCUCUUUGGCAUGGAUGUGCUUUUCCGUCAUUUUCACCUUUUUCCCCACCACGAACAAUCCGACCCUGGCUGAUAUGAACUGGUCGAUCCUUGUGUUCGGUGUGGUGUUCAUCUUUGCUAUACUCCAAUAUCUGUUUCAUGGCCGCAGAAUCUAUCAAGCGCCCGUAAUACAAGUCCGCAAGAUGGAGUAA